UUCCCGGACUGUCUUCAGUUACCUCCGUGUGUCUGUCUGUACCCCCCCCCCAACCUCUCUCCAUUCCUCACAAACAAGCAGGCCUCCAGCUUGCCACUACUACUGUAGUCAAGGUGGUUGCCACAGCAGUUGACAUCAGUGCUCUGGUCCCUAAGGAGCCUGUCACCCUCCAGCCUGCCUGCAGCUCGGCAUUGCUACUUCUGCAAGGAACAGGCAGGAGGCAGUUGGGCACACACUCGCGGGUCUCCCGUUCUGAGAACUGGGUGGGGCCAGAGAGGGCCAGUGGCGAAAAGGAGAGGCUGGAAAGGGAGGCGGGUCUUCGGGUGGCCUCUUCAGGCACCUGAGGUUCCAGCCCACUUGGUUCCUUGACGUCGGUGGGAGCGGCGGCAGUGGCAAGAGCUGUAGCACUUGGGCCAUGGCAGAGGACGGGCCGCAGAAGCAGCAGCUGGACAUGCCGCUGGUUCUAGACCAGGACCUGACCAAGCAGAUGCGGCUCCGUGUGGAGAGCCUGAAGCAGCGUGGGGAGAAGCGGCAGGAUGGCGAGAAGCUCCUCCGGCCGGCCGAGUCUGUCUACCGCCUUGACUUCAUCCAGCAGCAGAAGCUCCAGUUCGAUCGCUGGGAUGUGGUUCUGGACAAGCCGGGCAAGGUCACCAUCACGGGCACCUCGCAGAACUGGACGCCCGACCUCACCAACCUCAUGACACGCCAGCUGCUGGACCCUGCUGCCAUCUUCUGGCGCAAGGAAGACUCCGACGCCAUGGAUUGGAAUGAGGCCGAUGCCCUGGAAUUUGGGGAGCGUCUGUCUGACCUGGCCAAAAUCCGCAAGGUCAUGUAUUUCCUCAUCACCUUUGGCGAGGGCGUGGAGCCUGCCAACCUCAAGGCCUCCGUGGUGUUUAACCAGCUCUGAUGACCAUCCCUGGCUGCCCUGCCUCUGGCCCACAGCUCUCCCUCGCCUGAACUUCCUUCCUCGUGUGUAUUUUGGGGACAUUCUUCUAGCUGCUCCUUCUGUGCUUGACUUGGCCAGAGGCCCCCUGAGUCCUACAUGCCCCCCCUUUGGUGCCAGUGCCGUGGCUCACAGGGAUGUCCCCUGGCUCCGUAGUCUAGAAGCUAGACACCGCUACUAUAGACAAUAGAGGCCUUUGUGGGCAGAUGGCUGGACAUCCUGGACAUCUGCCGUCUCUGCUUCAUUGUGGUGGAGAGAGGGGAAUUGAGAGACCAAGAGUUCCAAACAACCAGCCGCUGAUUUCCUUCAGGCACGGAAGACUGGGACACGACAGGAACUGCCUUCUGGGGAACCUGGCAAGAAGGCAUUUGCCUGCUGGCCAAAGCUGGAGUUGGGAGGUGAACGCCCAGGGGCACUCUGGCAGCGGGAGGGUGCUGCCAGGGUCAGUGUCCCCCUGCUGUGACCUUGGGGCCUUCAAGACGCUGGGCAGGAUGACAGCCGGGCUUGGUCUGUCUGGCAGAGGGUAGCCGGCUUUGCAGGCCUGGCCCAGGUUUCUGUGGAGAAGGUAAAGGACAUGUAGACGCUACCCACACAUACAUAUAUAUAUAUAUAUUGAGAGAUGGCAUGCUAUAUUUGUAUGGCUGCAUGCCCAAGGGCGAAUACUAGUCAGGAAUAAGGCUAACUUUAGUUCAGUUGGUACUGUUCCUGGGCAUGGUGGAGGUAACCCUGGCUGAGCCCUCCUUGGUGCAGGGCUUCCUGAACUGGGAAACUGAGGCUCAAUUGGUGAAGCAGAGAACUGAGUUAGAGGGGUCCAGGGCUCUGAGCCAGGAACACUGAUGUCCCUGUUAGGAUGGCUGGCCUUUGCAGCUCGCUGGUCAGGAACACGGGUGUUGUGUCCUGCGGUCACCUCUCUGGGCAUUUACUGGUUCUGCUGGAGCGGAAGCACAUGGGUGAGGCUUGGGGGCAGGUAUGAUGUCUGAGUCUAAAGUGGGCUAAAGGUGUUCAGAUGGGAUGCCUAACACUGGCUUCGGAGGCUAUCCAGGAAAGCCCACUCACCAAACUGACGGGGAAACUGAGGCACAGUUAUCGGCAGAUUCAGUCCUGCCCCAAAGCCUCAUUUUCUAUCACCCUACACGUACCGAGAGCCUCCCUUAGAGGAGAAGCCUCACCUGCCACCUAGCAUCCGCCGGGGGUACCUCAGCAAUGCCACCCGCUCUGUUUCAAGGCUGCCUCCAUCUGAGGUACCAGUGCAUCAGGAUCUGAAGGUAGGAGCCGUUCCGGCGGGUGGGCGGCCAGGAGGGCAAGCCCCGGCUCAGAGUCAGGAUUCUGGAGGGAGGAGAUAGGCUGUGGCACUGGCUCUGGUGGCUGUGCGCUGUCGCAUGCUUGCAGAAGCACCUGCUAGUGCGUCUAGACGCUGCCGACUCUAGGGAGCCAUGCCUAGGCAGGGGCCCUCCCUUUCUGCUUCUCUUUCUGACCUCUCCCUACCGCUCUCGAGACCCCUUUGGGUCACACUGCCUGUCCCCCGAUUCUGUCUCACCCCAUUUGCCCUGUGGGGACCUGAGUGUCUCUGCUGUGCCUGUCCCGUGUCCCCAAUAAAGACUGUGUGCCCUCCCCUUUG